AUGGCUACUAACCAAAGCAUUCAUAUUUACCGAUGGGGUAUCACACUUAAUCACAUUUUGGGACGUAAGAACAGCGACCCUAGCCAAAGCUUGAUAUCGAACAGGUUCGACGACGUGGAACACACCGGCAAUGAUGACCAAGUCUCGUUAAAGAAGUCCUUCAGAAGCACUUUAACUAAGAAGCGCAUAGUUAUAAUAUCCGGAGUAGUGCUUUCAGUUCUUCUGGUAGUAGGUCUCACCUUGACCGGAGUUUUCGUUUCGAGAGCGCAAUAUGCUAAAAAAUUCACCCACAACCUUCAAAAUCACCUUAAAUCUAGUUUCCCUUCCAUAGACGAAAAGCUCACCGAGGCCUAUGUGAAGGAGCUGUCUAGUUUGUACGAGCGUAGGGAAAUCUCCUACGACCACGUAAAGGAGUUCGAAGCCCUGAGGAGCUUCGAAAAGUUCAAGGCAGACUACAACAAGGUCCACGCCACCGACGACGAGCGCAGAGAGAGGUUCCUCGUCUUCAGAAAUAACUAUUUGGAAACCCUUACACACAAAGGGCACGAAACCUUCACCAAGAGUGUCAACUUCUUCUCCGAUUUGACUGAAGAGGAGUUGAACAGAUUGUUCCCAAAAAUAGAGGUACCCAAGGAGUCGUCUCCGUCCGAGCACCUCGAGAGACUCAUGAGCUCAAGGUCAACCGACCCCAAUUUCCUCGCAAAACUCGCCCUCGCAAAGGGAUUUCAAUCCCCUGUUAAAUCACUCGACGGCAUCUCUGGUGAGAGCAUUGACUGGAGAAAGGCCAACGGAGUCACCAAGGUCAAGGACCAGGGAAUGUGCGGAUCAUGCUGGGCAUUCGCAUCAGUUGGCUCUGUCGAAAGUCUCUACAAGAUCCACACCGACAAGGUCCUCGACCUGAGUGAGCAGGAGCUCGUCAACUGCGAGACCAAGAGCCACGGCUGCGAGGGAGGAUUCGGAGACACGGCCCUCGAGUACGUCAAGAACAAGGGCAUCAGCAGCAGCGCAGACGUCCCUUACCACGCCAUGGACCAGACCUGCGACAUAAAGACGCACGACAAGGUCUUCAUCAACUCCUUCAUGGUCACCAAGGGCAAGGACGUCAUGAACAAGUCGCUCGUCCUCUCGCCCACCGUGGUCUACAUUGCAGCCUCCUCGGAGCUCAUGAUGUACAAGGCGGGCGUGUUCAAUGGCGCCUGCGCCAAGGAACUCAACCACGCCGUGCUCCUUGUCGGAGAGGGCUAUGACGACAUCGUCGGAAAGAGGUACUGGGUCAUCAAGAACUCCUGGGGACCGCACUGGGGAGAGGAUGGCUAUGUCAGACUCGAGAGAACAGACAAGGGAACCGACAAGUGCGGCGUCCUCGACACCGGCGUAACACCUCUGUUGUAA